CAUCGCAACAUCUACCAUCCUCUCCAAUCGCAGCGGUCCUCGCCCAUCAAGCUCACAACAGCACUGAAUACGGCGUGCUCUUGUCGCCAUCAAGCAUUAAUCAUCAACAUUCCCCUUCCCUCCGCUUCGAGGCUCACACCUCCCUGCAUCGACGAGAUCUGUAGGCCAGGAUGAGGUCGGGUCUGCCUGGGACCGUCCUGGUACUGGCGGCAGUCAUCUGCCUCGCCCUGGCCACCUGCUCUACGCCCGUCAUCAAGAGUCUGAGCUUCCUGGAUGCGACAGCGAGCGGAUCGAAUAGGCAUAUUCGACUAGGAACAUUGGGGGCCUGCGUCGGUAAUACUUGCAGCAGUCCAAGGCUGGGCUACAGCUUUGACUCGGACAUCUUUGAUGUGCCCAAUCUCGUCCCAGAGAAUUGGAGCAGUACAGUCAUCAAGGGUCUGACGUACACCUUGAUCCUUCAUCCAGUAGCCCUAGCUGCGUCGCUCAUAGUGCUCGUAUUCGGGCUGUUCAGCCUAUGCCGGACGUACUCGACGGGCUGCUGCUCCAGCUUAUUUGCUGGGUUCGCGGCCGGUAUCACAGUCCUUGCAUUUGGCCUGGACUGCGCACUCUUCAUCAUUGCGAAGAAGAGAAUCGAGUCGACGGGCGGCUCAGCUUCGCUCGGCGCUGCUUUAUGGUUGACAUUGGCAGCGUGGGUCUGUCUGUUCCUGUCCACUUGCGCAUUCGGCUGUGGGGCCUGUUGCGGUGGAAAGGGUGGUCGUAAAGAUAAGCUCAAAGAUAGCUACGGCCAGCCUGGCCCCAAUGGUGGCUUUGUCGGCGACAACUACGGCGAGAGAAUGCGCAUGGACGCUCUGCGAGCCGAGCAAGACCGACAACGGCGACAGGAGCUUGCGGGGUCUGAUUCCCUGCCCAAGUUUGCGGUGUACGAGCAGGAGAUCGAAGAGGAGCAGCCUCUGAAACAACAUCAAGAUUCCUCUCAUGCGAAUGGGUACGGCUACCAACCGUACCCGCAGCAGCAACACCAGUUCCAUGAUCCGUACUCGGGCUAUGGCAAUCAGCAUGGCUACGUAAGCAACGAGCCAACGCACGCUUACGCGCAACCGAACGCGCACUCUUCUGCACCCAGAGGAGAUUUCAGCGAUGUGCCGAAUCCUGGCAUGGCGGGGUAUGGCGCCCACUCUACCCCGCCGCCCCAGCGGGCGCCCUCGUUAGCAGCUGCAUCGCACUAUCAAGAGCCCACGUACACGCCCGGUGUGGGACCACAACCUUACCGAGACGGGCUUGAGCGCGAUGGUAGCAUGAGUCAUGCAUUGGCCGCCGGCGCUGCUGCUGGCGCUGCUAGCUACGCUGCGUACGAAAGCACUCGUCGGCAGCCGACCAUGGAUGAUGCGGGCUAUACUUCCGCAUGGCCCAACGCUCAGCACCCCAACGAAGGAACAUUUGGAGGCAUGCCCGAUAGGGCGGGUAGCACGGUGAGCUACAGGGAUCCAUCAAACACCUACGGCGCCUCUGACGCGCAAGCAGAGGCACAGUAUGGUCAUGCUGUAUCUCCAAGUCGGGAUCAAAAUUAUUACGCAGCUGGUGCCAGUACCGGACGCUCGCCAUCCCGCGUUCAAGGUUCUCGGCGCCUGCCGACCAUCCCUGUCGGCGACGAUAAGCGACAGGCUAGCGGAACUGCAGGCGAUGAUGGAUUCGGCUUGGCGGUGCUGCAGGCUGGAGCAGCAGCCAAGUCGCAAACGAGUCAUGCACAUGCUCCUUCGCAUCUGACCGACUUUGAUAUGGUGACGAGUCCCGCAUCGGCACACGAUGAUGCGCACAGAGCCGCUGUUGAAGCUGCGUACGCACAGCACCACGCUCAACACCAUCAAAAUCAGCGAGAAGCAGAGGCGGACCCAUAUGGUGGAUACGAUGCGGCCGGCACGUAUACUUCCGCUCAGCAUGGAGAUGCGUAUGAAGGCCAUCAAGAUGGCGGACAUGGACCGCCUGGGUACGAGUCGGCCUACCAUCAGGACUCUCACGCAGCACCGGGGCAACAUCAGAGUAAUGCCCACGCAGCUUAUUCUCAUCAAAACGCUUAUAAUGAUGGAUAUGGAGGUCGGGGGCAGCAGCAGUAUGGGCAAGAGAAACGGUACUGAGUGCCUAGGAAGGGAGCUUAGCCUUGCUGCACCUACUUGGUACGAGACCGAGGUUGCAGCCCUCGGCAUUCACGAUUGCCGCACGGGUGAAAGGUUGGAAAUACACGACGGGGUUUCCACAAUGGACAAUUUUGCAUCGACUGAUGUGCGCGAUCACGAACCACUUUUCUUCAGCUCGUGGCCUACCUAUCUUUACACCUCUUUUGUCCCCUUUUCCAUCGACAAUCCCCCCCCAUCCUGUACUAUGUGCAAUGAUGACACGUGCUUUCUACG